CAGUGUUUCCUGAGGGCGCGGAAUUAACUCGCUUUUAGAGAAGUUUGUCCCUGCGGUCGCCUCGUAGGCGGCGCUGCGCGUCUCCAAAGACACUGCCAUGGCUGCUCGCAGUGGCGUUGCCUCAGCCAGCGAGGGGCUGCGUUACGCAGAGUACUCGCCGCCUUCGGCCAAAAAUCCCGACGCAGAUAUUGAUCACCGACUGGCAAGAAAUUUAAUAGCUGUGGGACUAGGAGUUGCAGCCCUUGGAUUUGCAGGUCGCUAUGCAUUUCAGAUCUGGAAACCUCUAGAACAAGUAAUCACACAAACUGCAAGGAACAUUUCAUCUCCUAACCUGUCAUCCUAUUAUAAAGGAGGAUUUGAACAGAAAAUGAGUCGGCGAGAAGCUAGUCUUAUUUUAGGUAUAAGCCCAUCUGCCAACAAAGCCAAGAUUAGAACAGCUCACAGAAGAAUCAUGAUUCUGAAUCACCCAGAUAAAGGUGGAUCUCCUUAUUUAGCAACUAAAAUAAAUGAAGCAAAAGACUUGCUAGAAUCAACUACCAAAAAUUGAUCAAAGCUCAAAGACUGCACUGAGGAAAAAUAUGGGGAACUUAAAAAAAGAAAUCCUCUGCAAAUUAAUUUGGUUUUAAUUUUCCUACAUAUAUUGACCAUAGUCAUUCUUCCAUUUAAACUAUACAGCAAUAAAAGACUAAACAGCUUGCUUUUUCUUUCAAAGGAACUACAUAAAUACUA